CCAUCACGAUUCGAUUUCGUUCAAGUAAGCCUAUGCUUAAAAUUCCCAACAUGUUUUUCGGUAGCAAAUAUUAAUUUAUAUUUCAACUGAUGCUUAUUGUCAGAUUUUCUUUGUAUUACUUUCUGAAUCCAUUUUGAUUGUAAAAUUAAACCUAUAAUAAACUAACAAGCUUUAGUGAUCAAUGAAGUUAAAGUUUGGUUUUCCUUAGAUUGUUUGAUUAAAAAAUAGUAAAAUAUUUUUUCGCAAAAUAUAUUGCUAGAUAUUUUCUCGAGGUGAACAUACGGGAUGCUGUCGCUGGUGGUUCACUUUUGUCGGCUGCUCCAGCUGCUCCAGUCGCGUUUCGCAUCUGAAAGCGCCCGCAAGUAGGUUACACAUUUUUUCCCAGCUGAGGAAAACAAACAACAAGUCCUCGAAAUACCGUCCAUUUUAUCCACUUCAAUUCGUCGCAAAACUACAGAGAAUUGGUCACCACCCGAAGAAGUAGUGCCUCCGCUAGCUGCGCCACCAUGGAGUACAAACAGAUCGAAUUGGAGGACUGUGACCAGGUGCUGGAGCACCUGCGUCGCUCCUUCUUUGCCGAUGAGCCGCUGAACAAGUCCGCCGGAUUGUGCCAAAACGGUAGCAGCUGCAUCGCUCUGGAGGCUCACUGUGUGGAGGCCAUCAAGGAUCGGAUGAGCCUGAUGGCCGUGGACGCGAAAGUGGAGGGCUGCUGCAAAAUAGCCGGCGUUGUGCUAAAUGGCAUUUUGAGGCCGGGAAACGCAGCCAAAUCUUUGCAAAAAUUGGACAGCACUAGCGACGCCGAUUUCCGGAAGAUCUUUGAGCUGCUGCACGGGCAUAGUCUCAAGUACAAUCUCUUCGAACACUUCGAAGUGGGUUCCAUUUUCGAUGUGCGCAUCCUGUCGGUGGAUUCCGGUUACCGUGGCCAGGGAAUCGCCAACGAGCUGGUCAAGCAAUCCGUGGCGGUGGCCAAAGCUAAUGGCUUCCGCCUGAUGAAGGCCGAUGCCACUGGCAUAUUCUCGCAGAAGAUAUUCCGCUCCCACGGAUUCGAGGUCUUCUCGGAGCAACCCUAUGACAAAUAUACGGACACACAUGGCAAGGUUAUCCUGCCCGUUGAAGCGCCGCACAUCAAGAUGCAGCAGCUCUACAAGAGGAUCUGUGAGGGAGAUAAGGACGACAAGGAGCAGCCCCACUAAGGAGACGACUGGCUGACUCUGAUUCGGAACAAUAGUCUUUUAUAUUUUCUACAUACAGCCAACGUAUUUAUUUAUAAUCGCA